AUGGAUGAAUCAGAGGAUUUUAAGACAGCCUUUGAUAAGAUAUGUUCCUUAUUCGAAAUAUCUGAAUCAAGAAUUGAUAAAUUCUCUCUUCAGUUCGACAAUCCCAGCACUGGAACCUAUUACUUUCGGGACAGCACAAUUCCCAAAAGCACUUUGACCAAGGAGAAACUAAAAGUGUUCCUAAAAUUGAAACCUGAAUUAAAAUCAAGGGAGUACAUUUCAAUCCUCAAUUCGGAUGAUAAAGUUGGGAAAGGAAAGAUCCUUUUCCACCUCAAAGAGGCCCUUCAUGACACGACCUUUGCCGAAGAAUUUAUCUCAAUGAACGGAAUAGCCAUUCUAGCAAAAGAAGUGGUUAGGCUGAAAGGAAAUCUUCAAGGCUACUGUUUGGCAGCUCUUAGGUCGGCGCUCGUCUAUGUUUCAGCUAUGAAUGUCAUCUCCCAAUCUCCCUCAACCGUUGCUGAAAUUUACAAUUUGACCGAUACCUCCCAGCAGAACGUCCAAAUUCUUAAAAAUGCCCUCGAGUUGAUGAUCGUGUUUUGCAGCUACUUGGACAAUGGCAUCAAAUUGGUGAAAAGAGCAGCUAAAGACAUGGCUUCAAAAUGUAAACAACAACCUUUUCAAAAUAUUAUGAAUAUUCUCAAGAGUGAUGAUCUGAUGGUUCAAGUUAAUUGUCUGACUCUAUUGAACGUAAUGCUCUCCAAAGUAUCCGAUCAGAAGAAGAGAAAAUUAUUGUUUACAUGGAAGCAAGCAGAUUUGGAAAAUGCUCUUGAUUAUGCAAACAGAUCCGAAUUUCCUGCAGUAAAGGAGCAAUUGAUGAUUUUCCAAAAGAUUUCAAAAAUUGAAAUUCCACGUUCAUGGUUUGUUUGUGAAAAGGUAAAACGAGAAUUGGACAAGAUGACAUGCAAGUAUGAACAAACACAAGAAAAAUUAUUUGCUUACCAAAGACAGCAAGCAAUGAUCAAGGUAUUGAAGCAAGAAGUUCAACGUUGCUAUGAAACCAUUAAUUUAUUUUCAUUUAAAUUUGGUUUCACUGAUAGAAUAUGUACUUCUCAAAGAAUAGAUACAUCUGCUUCACUUGAAUACACUCCUGAUAAGAUUGUAGAUUUGAGCAAAUUCCAAAGAAAAUCGUUAGAAAUGUCAGAGCAAUAUCAAAUGCUAUCUCGAACAAGAAGAGAAUUAGUGAAAAUAUUUCUCAAUGAUCCUGCUUUCUCAGAUCUUAUUCCAAAGCCUGAACAGCAAAAACCACCUGAAGAUGACUUAUUUGCAAGUGAUUCAGAGGAUGAGAAGCCUACCGAUGAAGCACCACCUCCAACUCCUGAAGAAGCUCUCAAAGAUGAGGAAAUUAUGAAUUUAAAAGCUAAAAUUGAAGAGUUGUUAAGCGAAUUAAAUAAUGAGCGAAUGAAAAACAUGACACAGAGUGAACAGGCCAAAAAACAAUUGGAACUCAUGCAAAGCGAAAUUAAUCAAGCCAAUAAGUUGUUGCGAGAAGCAGCUGAGAGCAAUAAGAAGAAUGAUAAGAAACGUGCUGAGGAUACGGUUUCACCCUCUGUUCCAUCUGAAAGCUCUGGAACAUCUGCAACUCAAGGCAAUGAGGUCGGCGAUGAUUCCUCUAAGAAGGUUGGUUCAUCGAUUCCACAGCCACCAACUGCCAGUAGCAGCAGCGUUCCACCACCACCACCUCCUUCUUCCUUCUUUGGCCAGCAGAGCCUUAUUCCACCACCUCCACCCAUGAUGACUGGCGAUGUUCCACCACCUCCACCCAUGAUGGGUAACGUUCCACCACCACCACCACCUUCAUUUGGAGUUGUACCACCACCACCCAUGAUGGGUAGCGUUCCGCCUCCUCCAUCAUUGAGUUCAGCAAUUCCACCUCCUCCAAUGAUGACUGGCAAUGUUCCACCACCACCUUCAUUUGGGGUUGUACCACCUCCACCCAUGAUGGGUGGCGUUCCACCACCUUCAUUUGGAGUUCCACCACCAUCAAUGAGCUCUAACAUUCCUCCACCACCUGGUAUGGGUAUGGUUCCUCCACCUCCAGGAAUGGGUGGUGUUCCUCCUCCACCUGGAAUGUUGAACUCGGGUGUACCCUUACCACCAAUUGGUAUGAUGCCUCCCAUGAUGAACUCUUUGUCUAAACCAUCUAAACCAGUUAUUAAGCCAACAAAGAAAAUGAAACUAUUUACAUGGGAGAAGCAUAAUGUUAAUAACCCAAACUCUAUAUGGAACAAAAUUGAAGAGGCCACAUUGGACGCCGAAGAAUUUGAAGAAUUGUUUUGUAAGAAGGAACGUAAAAUCGUUCCUAAAGAAAGGAGAGAGAAAGAGCCAACAGAAUCCAUGUUGUUGGAUUCUAAAUUGUUCAACAAUCUUUCAAUCAUGCUUAAAAAACUACCAAAGGUUUCUCAUAUUGAACAAGGAAUCUUGAGUCUUGACUCUAACAUGCUCAGCUAUGAACAUAUUGAGUUGUUAUUAGGAAAUAUUCCUGAAAAAGAUGUUCUCAACAAUUUUAAAACUGCUUGUAAGACCAAAGAUGAAAGUCUCUAUUCAGAACCUGAGAAAUAUGUUCUCAUGAUUACAUCUAUUCCUGAAUAUGAAACUAGAAUACGUUGUUGGAUGUAUACAUUACAGUUUGAAUCUGGUCUGGUCAUUGUUGAAAAGCCAUUGCAAACCUUUGAACAGUCUUUGGAAGCUCUUAAAAAAUCACAACAUUUCAAAGUUUUAUUAGGAAUUGUUUUAGCUGUUGGAAAUUACUUGAAUGGAGGAACGAAAAAAGGUCAAGCUGAUGGUUUUGGCUUGGACGUUCUUCCCAAGCUUGAUGAAACAAAAGAUAACGUCAAUGGAUCUCUUGCUGAUUAUUGUGUUUUGAAGGCAAUGAAAAAAGAUGAAAACUUUGCAGAAAUUCUAGAGGAAUUUGAAAUAUUUGGACGGUCUAAAGAGUUUAGCUUGGAAGAUAUCAAAAAUCAGGUUGAGAGUCUAGUGAACAAUUUGAAUGACUUUAAAAAAAAGAUUAAGACUGUCCAAGGAAAGGUUGAGCCAGAUGAUAUCUUCCUAAAAAAGAUGUCCGCUUUCUUCAAAAAAGCUAAAACUGAUUGUGAUAAUAUUGAGAAGAAGUUUGAAAGCUUUAAGAAAGAUUUUAAUGACUUGUUAAAAUUUUUCUCUUACAAGGAAAGUGACAUUGCAAAGAUUGAUACCAAGGACUUCUUUGGAAUUAUUUUCAACUUUGUAGAAAUGAUCAGAAAGUCCAUUGAUAAGAUUAAGAAGGAGCAAGCAAAGAAGCAAAAGCAGCAAUUAACAAAAGGACAAGGCGCAAAAAUCUCAUCAGCCGUUGGGGGUGAAGAUGCAAUGGCUGCUCUUGUGGAUAAGAUUAAGAGUGAUCUUAAAAGUAAACAAUAA